AUGUCCUUUGUCAGAGAAGUAGAAGAUGAAAAUUUCCUAAUUUGUGCAAUUGAUAUGCUUUAUGAUCUGCUGAAUGCAUGCUGUACAGACACAUUCACACAGGUAGAAAUAAUAAAUGCAUUCACAUCUUCACCUGAGUCUCCUCCUGCAGGGGCUGUUGAUAUCCUGCGUGCUGGUUUGAUUCCCUUACUCAUACUCAAAUUGAAGACUGAGUCAGAUGAAAUCCAGGAGCUAAUCCUAGGCACACUCUCCAACUGUCUGCGUGUGGAAGCUUCUGAAGCUUUGGCAAGUGAUGUCAUCACCAUUCUGAAGGAAAAGCUCACACAUCCCUCAGUGACCAUCAGAAGCAAAGCAGCUCAGGUCAUUUUAGAAAUCGGUACCCAUCCAGAGGGAAAAAGCACAGUGUGCGAAGAGGUCAUUCCACUACUGGUGAGCCUGUUAGAAGAUGCAGAUCCUGAAGUCCAAGCUAGCGCAGCAGGAGCGCUGAUGUUUGCUACCAUUAAACCUAAGGGGAGAUGCUUAGCACUACGUGCUGAAGCCAUUCCACGGUUACUGAAGUUGGUCGCUGAGGAAAACAGCAAAGCCCGUCUGAGUGCAAUCAAAACCCUCACCAUGCUGGCAGAAGUAGCUGAGGGUCGCAGGAAGCUCCUAGAAUGUACAAACACGUUUCAGCAGUGCCUGAGGGACCCCAGCGAGGCAGUGAGAAGAGCUGCUGAAAUUGCCAUCAGAGUCAUCCAAUGGAAACCUUUCUGAAGAUGUGGUGUUUCACAGAGAUCUAUUGCCCUCUGUUGUUGCCUCGCUGUAAAAGUUGCAUGAUUAUAUGCAACGUUCAAAAGCAAAACUCUGUUCUUCUUUCAUUCUAAAAAGUCAUUUGUCAGCGGUCUUAUAUCAGUGU